AUGGUGUCUGGUGGUGUGCCUCGUGAUAUUCGGACAUUCAACAUUUUGUUGGAUGGAUUUCGUAAAAACGGGAUGCUCGAGAAAGCGUUGGUCAUAUUCCAGCGUCUGCAAAAGAGUCAAAUGGAACCUGAUAUCUUCACCUAUAAUAUCAUCAUUGAAGGGUUGUGCAAAGCUUGUAAGGUGGAAGAUGCGUGGAAGUUGUUUUGUAGCCUCGACCUCAAAGGAGUGAUGCCUGAUGUUGUAACAUACAGCAUUUUGUUGGAUGGAUUCUGUAGGAAAGGUUUAAAGGAGGAAGCAAGUGCCCUAACUCAUCAACGAAAUGAGGAGCUGCGGUUUUGCUGCAGAUGA